AUGUGUAGGGCCUUCCCUACGACGCUAAAGGGUCCUGCGAGAAUUUGGUUCAACCGACUGACGCCUAACUCCAUCAGUACUUUCAAGGAGCUAAGCGCCCUGUUCACUUUAUACUUUAUUGGGGGGCAUAGGUAUAAGAAGUCUACUGCAUGCUUGAUGAGUAUCAAACAGCGAGAGGACGAGAUGCUGAGAUCUUACAUAGCCCGCUUAAACAAGGAAGCGCUCUCGAUUAACGAAGCUGACGACAAGAUACUUGUAGCAGCCUUCACAAAUGGGUUGCGGAAGGGUAAGUUUUUGUUUUCUUUAUACAAGAACGACCCAAAAACCAUGUCGAAUGUGCUUUAUAGGGCCACCAAGUACAUGAAUGCCGAAGAUGUACUAUUGACUCGAGAGGAAAAGCCUAGAAAGAGAGAGAGGCAGGAAGACACGCGGCAGGACAGAGGGCGAAAGAUGGCAAGAACCAGAGAACGACGGGAGGACAGGUGCUCUAAGCCCCCCGCAGGGAGAUUCACGAGCUUCUCCCGCUAA